AUAUACGUGAUGACGAUUUACUUUUGAAUUAAAAAAAAAAAUUCAUUUAAUAUAUAAUUAAUUAUAUAUGUUAUCGGCAAAGUGUUGAAUCGGGUAUUAUAUAGAAAUCCUAGGUAUUCUAUAGAAUGCCAAAAAUGAGCAGUAAAAGUAUAAAAUACAUACAAUAACUAGGUAUUCUAUAGAUUACCUAACCUCAAGCAGGAAAAGUAUACAAUCAAUAUAAAACUUCACCUAACCUUUGAAAUCAAUGAUUAAUGCUUAUCUUGACGACUAUCUUAUCGCAUAUAUAGGGAUAGCACGACGUGUGCGAUGCAUUAUCGUUAUUAUUAAGUAAUACUAUUAUUAUGUUGUUCGUGUAUACGGGAAAACAUGGAUGCAAACAGAAAAAAAUUCUCAUUGGAGUCAAGGAUUAAGAUUCAUUCAAUUAAUGAAAAAUAGGACAUUACAUUCUGGGAUUAAGAUGUCACCAUAUGAGGCAUUAUUUGGUUGUAAAGUCAAGGUUGGGCUUAGUACAUCAAAUUUACCGAAAGAAGUAGUCGACAAUUUAGAAAACGAAGAACAAUUACUAGAAAUAUUUGAAAAAAAUGAACUUAAAUAUGAUGAUCCAAUACUUCCCGAUAAUAGCAAUCAUUAUGAAAAUAUCCAAGAAAAUUCAAUUCAAGAUACAAUUCCUACAAUUCAAUCAAAUAACGCAAAUGCCAUGGAUAAUCAAAGAAAGGCUAAAGAAAAUCUUGAAAAUCAGGCAGUUAAAAUGAAAACAUGGUCAGAUAAAAAACUUAAACCGGCUGAAGUAGGUGCUACAGUUAGAGUUCCAGUUCCCGAUGUGGACAAAGGUCGCGGAGAUGUUCGAAAUAUUUUAGCUGUUGUUAUAGAGGUAACAGUUGAUGGGUAUUAUAGAUUAGGGACUAAGGAAGGGCUUUUAAAAUCUUUAUAUUCAAGGUCUCAAUUUUCAAUAUGCCAAAAAAAUAUAAUAACAAUUGACCAAGUUCCAAGAGAAAAUACAUUUGCUUUACGCACAAUUGCAACUCAACAAUCUACAGGAACUGGACAAGAUUUUAUAAAAUGCACAUGCAAGACAAAGUGUCAAUCCAAAAAAUGUUUAUGCGUAAAGAAUAAUAUUUUAUGCAGUUCGAAAUGCCAUUCAUCAUCUGUAUGCUGUAAUAAAUGAAUAAUAACCGCAAUAAAUAAUAAUAAACAUAUUUUGAUUUAAUACAUUACCUAACAUAGUAUUGGCAUUCUAUAAAAAUCCUGGUAAAUCUAUAGAUUUCCUAGGCAUAAUAUAAAUUAACAUUCAAAUUUAAUACAUUGCCAAAUAGUUCAAGGAAUUAUAUAGAACGCCUAGGAAAUUUAUAGAAUGCCUAUAUUCAACACUUUGCCGGUAACAUAUAAAUAGCUUAUGAACGAUAUCGUUAAAGUUACAGAAUACAGUCCGUUCUUUUCAAAACUUUUGUUUUUUUAUGUCUUCAAAAACAUCAGCACUUCUUGAUAUUAAUCAUUUUUUAUUUGAUCUUAAAUAUUUUCAUAAUGGGUGUUAAGUGUUAAAAUAAUUACUCUGAGUAGUACCUAUGUAGGAUAUCUCAACUUCAUGUACACGAAAGUACUCGAUGUAGAAUGACAAUGUUGUGUACGUUUCCUCACCACUUUCACUUGUUAAACAACAUAAUAUUACAUCGUCCAUGUUGUUUAAAAGUAUGAGGUAAUACCCAUGGGCCAUAGUGGGUUUUUUUUUCAUUGUCGUGUCUCUAGUAGGCUUAAUCCACGCCGUAAACGAGAACUUUGUUCGACUACAUUAAUAAUUUACAUACCUAUACAAGUACAGAAUUUUCUCUCGUAUAGUCUACGUCUUGAUAUAAAAUGAAAACAUAAAUAUCGAAUCAUACAUUUAAUACAUCAAUAUAUGUGCGUGCCCAACGUAUAAGUUUUAAUUUAUAAUUUUUCAAAAGUAUCAUGGCAUUCGCCGAUUUUUAACUUACCACUUUACCAGUGUUAAAUUUAAGUUUAUUUUAUUCUCUGGAAAAGGCAAGUAAGGCUGCAGGCAGCGAGAGAUUUGUAUUUUUAUCGUAUAAUUAAGUUCAGGGAGUCAAAACGGGUUAAUUCAGUCAAUCUCGGCCCUCGUGUAUUGAGUCCUCAGCUCAAAACUGCCAAACAUUUUUUUGUUGGUUAUGUAAAAAUUAUUUUUUGAAAAAUUUUAAGAAUUAAUAAUUAGAAAAGAAAUCGGAAAGACAUAAAUAACAUUCAUGAAGGUAAAAAAAAGUAAUGUACCAAUAUUAAUUUAUUACUUUUCAAACAAAAUUAAAACAAUAAAAAUCAUAACUCAAUAAGAAAUAAACAAUUUUAACUUAUGGUUAGUUUCGUAUUAUAAUAUUGAUUAAGAGAAAAUUAACAUCACACUAUUUAGCCAACAUUUUACUAUAUUUUAUUAUAAUAAAAAAUGCAAAUAAAUUGUUCAUGUACGUUUUAUAUUAUAUUUGUAUACUGAUAAGCACGACCAUUAGAAUUAAUACUAAGUAGGUAAAGCCUGCACCUAUAGUCAGGGCAGUCCUUAGGACUGCAGAUCCCAGGGCAAAUACCAUAUUCAGGGCCUAAAGCUGUAAAUUAAUUUAGACAAAAAAGAAAACUAAUUUUAUGAAGUAAAGACGACUAAAAAUAAAAAUGACGGAUGUACAAGCAAAUAAUUUGUAAAUUAGUAAAAAAUAAAUAUGAUUUACCUAACUCUUUAUACGGAAUUUAUCGACAUGAAAAACAGUAAACUCAAUUAUAUGGGUACUAAUACUAUACUACUAAUAUUGUAUCAUCAUUGUAUCAUUCACUCAGAUGGUUGCAUUAACACAUUAUAAAAUGUAAAGGAAAAUGAAAAUAUAUUAUUU